CGAAAAAAAAAAGUUGAAGAAUUUCUAAUAAAAAAAAGAAAGAAAUAAUUAAUUACACAAAAUGAAAUUGUUGAUAUUUGCAAUGUUUUUGAAAAUUACAUUAUCACAAAUACAUAAACAUCAUUCGGAGGGGUUUCACGUUAAUGAAAAUCAAAAAAAUCACGUUUAUACAGUUCCCCUUGGAUCUGAGGCAUCCUUUCAUUGGAGAGUCGAUUUAAUUGAUGAAAAAAUAAUUGCUGAAGUUCAUUAUGUGGGUGAAGAAAAUUCUUGGUUUGCAAUUGGAUUUUCAAAUUAUGGAGAAUUAAAACCCGCUGAUUAUUGUAUUAUUUGGAUGGACUGGCAUCGCGAUGUAAAAAUUCAGGACGCAUGGACCAAUGAGGACGGUGCAAUUAAUUUAGACCCAAAUCAGAACUGUGAAAAUUUUGCCAUUCAUAGAAGAGGGAACAUUACGAAAUUUACAUUUACAAGAAAAUUCGAUACUUGCGAUAAUCAUGAUUAUAUUAUAGAGAGAGGUACAACCCACUUGGUAUGGCUAAAGGGUCGCGGACCCCUCUCCUCAUUGGCUGGCCUCACAAUUAAUGACGCAAAAAGUUCAGGCAUGUCAAGAACUGAAAUGCUAAGAAGAAUUCAUCCCAAACCAACUUUUCCUCGUGAUACAUGGAAUUUUGAAAUUUUAAAUGAUAACGUCAAAGUACCAAAUUCCGAGACAACAUAUUGGUGUCGAGUUUAUAAAUUAUCACCAGCUUUAAGUGAAAAACAUCAUAUUUUACAAUUUGGUCCAAUGAUACAAAAGGGCAAUGAGCACUUGGUUCAUCAUAUGGAAGUAUUUUAUUGUGCUGGACAGGCUGAUAUGGAAAUUCCUUUAUACAAUGGCCCAUGUGACAGUGGAGACCGUCCUCAGAAAACACAAAUUUGCAAAAAAGUACUAGCUGCCUGGGCAAUGGGCGCAGAUGCAUUUGUUUACCCCGAGGACGCUGGAUUAUCGAUUGGCGGCGCUAAUUUCAAUCGUUACGUUAUGCUCGAGGUUCAUUAUAAUAAUCCCGAAUUACUCGAAAAUACAAUCGACUCAUCGGGAAUUCAAUUUUUCCUGACAAAAACCCUGAGGAAAUAUGACGCAGGCGUAAUGGAAUUAGGUUUAGAGUAUACGGACAAAAUGGCCAUUCCACCACAACAGGAGGCUUUUCCACUCUCUGGACACUGUAUAAUGGAAUGCACUGGUGUUGGUUUACCUCAAAGUGGAAUAAAAAUUUUCGGCUCACAAUUGCACACACAUUUAACGGGGACAAAAGUUGUCACUCGUCACGUACGAAAUGGCGAAGAAUUGCCGCUUUUAAAUUACGAUUAUCAUUAUUCUACACAUUUUCAGGAAAUUCGUCUUUUGCCUGAACAUGUCACUAUUCUACCGGGAGAUUCUUUAAUAACUACUUGUACUUAUAAUACAAUGACAAGGAAUAACAUAACUCUCGGAGGUUUUGCAAUAUCUGACGAAAUGUGCGUUAAUUACGUUCAUUAUUAUCCGAAUACUCGACUUGAGGUUUGUAAAAGUGCCAUCAGCGAUGACGCAUUGAGAACUUAUUUUCGUUAUAUGCACGAAUGGGAAAAUCAGGGGACAAGUAAUGAAAAAGGAAUUUCAGAAAAUUACAAGAGCAUUGAAUGGACUCGCGUUCGAACCGCUGCCUUGCACGAUCUCUACGAAGCCGCACCUCUCGGCAUGCAAUGUAACGGUUCGGAUGGAUCACGAUUACCUGGAUUGUGGGAUAAUAUUGGAGCGACACCAGUUCGUUUACCACUCGCACCUUCUGCACGAAAUUGUCCAGAAUUAGAAAAUGAAAAUAAUUUUGAAAUGUAAAAUGUACAGAAAAAAUCUUUGUUUAAAAAAUUAAAAAAAAAAGAUCUACCAAA